UCGAUUCUACGCAAAUCUUAUUUGGAAGCCCAAGCCCAAAUUUAAAGUCAGAGCCUACGCAUUCGACAAGAAAACAAUCAAAACGCUACAAAUAGGAAGCUGCCUUAACAAAAAGGGAGCUGUCAACUUGCAUUUUACGCAUUUGCGUUUCGUUUGUUCCAUUCUUGUGCCAGCCGUAGCCCACGCCCACAUUUGUGGCGUGUGCACCCAGAAGCCGUCAAGACGACUUACUCGAUAAUGAAAAUGAGCUCGCCCAGGAUCAUGCAGCAGAAACGGAGUAGCAAAUCCUCCAAUUCGUCGCGGGUCUCAAUGACGACCUCGACGGCGGAGGAGAAUCUCAUCGAGUCGAAGCUCUUUAGCUGGAUGCGGCUCUUCCGCUUCGCCUCGCUGCUCUGUCGCGCUGAGUAACGGGAGUUAGUCCUUCUAUAAGAUACCCGUACACCCCAACCCCCACCCCAACUCCAUUAAAGCCCCCGCAAAUAUUAAGAGAAAUGCAUACAAAAGAUAAAGAUACCGAUACUCGAACUAGUUGCCGCUUUUCAGUCAAAUUUUCCUAUACUUAUGUAUGUAUGUACUACUCGUAUAUAGACAAUUGAGACGGAUUACAUUACCAAAUUCACUUUAACCUUUUUCCAGCAAUGUAGAAAUGUAAGAUUAAGGAAGAAGGAAUAUUCCCCUUCCCCACAAAAUCCCCAAAAAAUUACAAAAAUGGAUGAAAACCAUGUUUAAGUUUAAGCUUCUUUUGGGAAAUCGAAAAAAACCCUAAUUUCUGUUUACUUUUCACAAUUAAGUCAAUUUUUAGUGUAAAUUCCAUGGAUUCCCAUGGAAUUUCUCGCGCCUUUCGUACCUUUUGUAUUGUAAUAAGUGAAAACAAAGAAAACUAUGAGAAAAACAACAAUUACAACAACUUACAAAGCUAAUAAAUGUUACAUCAUAAUCCAUUUGUUGCGUUUCUUCGGGUUCUACAGAGCUUUCAGUUUCAAGAACAGACAACACGAAUAAAUCUAUAUUUUUGUAAUUUACAACACUGUUUUUGCGUGUCACCAAACAAAUCAGAGUAACGUUUAUGCAAGGCUAUUAAAUAGAUAAAUAUAUUAACUAAAGAUGCAAACCAAUGCAAUACUAACAAUAAUAACACAAAUGUAUUUAUAUAGUAGAGGAAUAAAUAUAUUUACACAUUAUAACCACGUGAGGCAAGCGGGUAUAUCCAACACUAACAAACACUAACCAACACAGAAACAGAACAGAAACCAACCAAGCAAUAAAUAAUAGGUUCCCAGCAAUAUGAAAAGUGCAUUUAAUCCAAAGAAGUUGCCAAUCAACAAUAAUUGUUGUUAACAAAUUAGCAAUCCAAAAACACACGAAUAUCAAUAGAUAACAAAUUUAACAGUUUCUUAAAUUCCGCAUAAUCUCAAGCCAAUGACAGCAAGAGAACAUACACAAACAUACGCCCACAAAAAAGUAAUCCGCGAUUUUCGAAAUUCAAUUUUAAUUAUUAAUUAGUUAUAAGCAAAUGCAACCCUGCAGACAUGAACAAGAGCCAAAACUAUACUAGAAUAUAGCAAUACGUACAGCAGCAGAUAAUUGUUGAGAAAAAAAUGCAAUAAAUCGAUAUCGAUAAAUAAAUAAAGUCUUUAAGCUGUUGAGUGUUCAAUGCAA